AUGGACGGCUUCGGCCGCUUGUCCCCGCCGCCGGCGUGCAGGGAGCUCCGGGAGCCGCCGCGCCGCAGGUUGCGCUCGUCGUCGGCUCGGCCCAGCGCGCCCGGGGCGCCCUUGGAGCCGGCGCUGAGCAGCUGGACCAGGACCCGAGCGGACGAGAGCGAGGCGGCCGCGCCCUGGGCUGCCCGGCGCCGCUCGCCAGCCACCCCGCGGCCUCGGCGGCGCCGCCGCUACCUCGACUCGCCCCGGGAGAGCCGCAGCCUGACCGACUUGUCCCGGAGGCCGCCGGCCGAGCGCGCCAGGAAGCACCGCGCGGGCAGCCGGCGCCUGGAAGAGGCUUGGGGGGAGGCGAGGAUCAAGCCGCCGCGGCCGGUGCAGGACAACCUGCACUGCCCGCACUACCGUCAGGGCCCCGAAGAGUCGCCCUCGCCGUCGCCGGACCCCGCAGGCUCUUACACGUCCUUAAUGGACGACUUGGGGGCAGGAAAAACGCCAGAUGGGGAUCAGUGGGCGGUGCACGUCUGCAGAGGCCUGGGACGCUGGUCCCUCACCUCGAUUCUCACCGACAAGUCUUCCGCGCUCUCCCACGAGUGCGGGAUACACUCCGCUUGCGUGUAUCCCCCCAAAAAAGACGGCGCAGACCCGGUGGGGUCAGUAGGCAGCCAGUACUCCCAGCACUCAUUCUCCAGCAAGGACACCCAGAUCCUCAAGAAUCAGUUGGAGGAGGCCAUCGUGUCCUCUAGGGACGAGAAGAUUGUGGCCCUGGUGCUCAGCCGGCUCAAGAAGGCCCAGAGGAUGCGCGAGCUGCAGCGGCAGGCGGCGGUUGCCUGGGAGGAGCUGAAGGCUUCCGACCACCAGGUCCAGAGGACCCUGGAGAAGGAGCGUCGCCUGCUGCUGCAGCAGAGCCAGGAGCAAUGGAAGCAUGAGAAGGAGCCGCGCAGGGCUCGGCUGAAGCGCGAGCCGCGUGUCCGGCGCCAAGGCAGCAGCAAGAAGAACAGGCUCCAGCCAGAGGAACCAUGGACCUCGCAACUGGAGAACCAGCACCAGGAGAAGCUGGAGAGGCUGCAGAGGAACCGCAUCCAGGCUGAGCACCGGAAGUUAUGCCAAGAGCAGCGCUUGCAGGAGCAUGAGAGGAUGCUGCAGGGCGUGCGCGAGCACAGUCACCUGCAGCUACAGAGGCGGCUAGAACGGGCCAGCCACAAGAAACACCUGUAUACCUUGGAGGGUCAGAAGAAGGUACAGGAAGCCAACUUGAGCUCCCUAGUCAAUUACCAGGCUCGGAAGGUCCUCAUGGACUGCCAGGCCAAGGCCGAGGAGGUGCUCAGGAAGCUAUCUCUGGAGCAGAGUUGCCAGCGGUCCCAAGACCUCCAGCGGGGCUUGCUGAAGGAGCGUCAGCGAGAGCUACGGGAAAAGGUCCAGAAGGAGGAGGAGCAGUUCCAGCAGGUCAAGAGUCGCGCAGAGGAGUUUGAGGAGCUGAAGAAGGUGCACAAGCAGCUGCUGGUGGAGCUGGCCAACCAGAAGAUCCACAGGGCCCGGAGCACGGUGCACAGAAACAUCCAGGACAAGGCGCAGCAUAUUCGUGAGCUCAACAUCCUGCGGGAGAAGAACCACCACAUCCUGAAGCUGAAAGCCGAGAAGGAGGAGAAGUGCCACAUUGAGGGCAUCAAAGAAGCCAUUCGGAAAAAGGAGCAGAAGAUGGAGCAGAUCUCGCGACAGAAAGAAGCCGCCUUUGAACAGCUGCGGAAGAGCGGGCGCACUCUGAGGAGAGAUCUGGGCAUCCCCACUCGCAGCUGCAGCUCCUUGAACCCGCUGGUGCAGGAAACACAGCUUUGUGCCUGUCAGCAGGGAGACUACUGA